AUGUUCGGGCUCUGUCAAUUGUGGAGUAGCAAAUUUAACCGGUCUAGUGAUGAUGAUUACCACCGGGAAAUUCAGAUACCUCGCUUUUUCCUUGGUAUCAUUGGUAUCUGGCCAGAACAUGGAGAAACUAGAAGCAUCAGAUUUUACGUUUCUGUGACCAUGGUGACUCUGUUUGCUGCUCUACCUCGCUUCAUGGGACUAUUCACCAUCGUGAAUGAGAAUGAAUUUUUCUUUCAAGUGGGUGUGGUCAUGUAUCAAAUUUACGUGAUCUUCGCUAUGCUUUUACUCCACUUCAAUUCCAAUGUCGGUCGAUCUAUUUUGGAGGAAAUGCGGGAUAAUUGGAAGACUACUCAUUCCAUGGAGGAUAAGAAAGUUAUGCGUCACUAUGCUGAAUAUUCGAGAAAGAUUUCAUUGGUCACCGUUGCGAUAUUAAGUUUUGGUUUCAUCGGUAAUUGGUUGAAUCCACUGAUUGCUAAAGCCAUAAAAGGAGGACACUCACUUGCUACAGUAGGUACGGUGGAGAUUCCAUUCCUCCCAUCAAACCCAUUUGGUGAUGCUCUGGGAAAUAUCGCUUUCUACAUAGCACGCAUUAUAGCUGCCAUCCCACCGAUUGGAAUCGAACCAUGCCUCACAGUUUUGAUCGUUCAUACUUGUGGACAACUUGUUAUACUUCGAAACAGGAUAACGACGUAUGGAGGGAAAAUUCGUCAUCACUUUGGCGAAGACAUCUCGAGGAUGUGCAGUUGUUUGAAAUGCCUCGUUGAUUCUCACGUGAAAAUCUGCGACUUUGUCAGAAGAAUUGAUGGCUAUUUUCACAUCGUCUUGUUCAUGAGACUUUUUGUGGGAGUGAUUGACUUCGUCUGCAGUGGAUUUGAGGCGUCAAAGGCAAUUACAAAAGGGGAGUAUGCACACCUGAUGACAUUCGCGCUUUUCACGUUGCUUAUUUACUCGACUAUUUUGAUCAGCUGCUCAAUGGCGGAGAUGUGUCAACAAGCGAGUUACGCUCUUGGUGACGCUGCGUACUCCACCGAAUGGAUGACAAAACACCCAAGAGUUUCUCAACGUUUGACUUUCAUCAUUCGCCAAUCGAGAGUUCCAUUGAAAUUCACUGCGGGAAAAUAUUUUGUGCUUUCCCGAAGUCUCUUCAAAGAGUGUUUCCUCACGGGGCUGUCAUAUAUCUCAACACUUAUGACUAUCAAAUUAGGGAAGUGA